UCCUACGUCACAUCCAGUACAAUUUAACUAAGUAUUUUUUUCUUGUUAUUGUGAUUGAUUCAUCCCCAGAGUUCAAUGUUUUUGUGAUUAAGUGCGUGAGAAAAUUUGAAGGCACUUGAUGGGACAAGAAGUUAGAGGCAGGACACUAAUACUCUACACCCGGAGACACUUAAAAGUGCUUCAUUAUUAUUUUAUCAUGAAAUGUGAGGCUCUUUCUUUUUCAAAUAAUUUACGUGACCAAGAGCCAUAGCCCAGUAGUGAGAGUCGCGCCUCUCAUUACUGAAGUCCGGGAUCGAAUCCCCGGACUGAACAGUAACAGCAGCUAAGGUGAAGUGUUUGUUUGCCAAAGAUUAGACAAAGAAUUCUGAGAGAAACGAGAAAGAAAGUUAAAAUUCUUCCUUAAAAGAAAACAGGAUCGGACAUUCGUUAUCUAAUAUGCUGGAUCUGGAGUAAAUAAAUCUUAAAAGAAAAACCAAUUUGUAAUAACUAAAUCACUCUAAUGAGAGAAAAAAGUUGAAAUAGCCGUUCUUCAAGAAGAGGUGAUUGUUGCUGAGAGAGACAAGGGUUACGAUGGUAGGUAAGGAGAGCGUUCCCGAUGUGACCAACUUCUCGUGCUGGUCUGGUAUGUUCCAGCAUCCCAGCACUCCCUCAGCAGCAGACGUGGUGAAGGCAGUGUGUUCCUGCCUCCUGGGUGUCGUAGUCAUCGUCGUCAACACUGUCUUCAUUGUGGCCGUCAACGGCAGGACCCACGCUAAACACCUCUCCUUCCAGCCACGGUGGCUCCUGACGUCUCUUGGGUUGUGCGAUCUGAUGAAGGGGGCGGUGGUGGUGCCUGGGAGUGUGUACCCGACGCUGUAUCACUGCUGGCCCUACCCUCGGAUGCUGUGUGCGGGCCAGGCACUGCUGCUGCCUCUCCUGCACCACCAGGCAGCGAUCACCUUCUCCCUCCUGGCCUUCGACCGCUACUGCUGCCUUCUUCACCCAGCCAAGUACAACGCACAUGUCUCUAAACCGGUAUGCGUGGUGGUGGUGGUUGGGUCGUGGUUGGCGUGUGCAGGGAUCCACGCUGCCGUCUACCUGCCUACUCCACACUUCUAUUUCAACCACGUCUCUAACCACUCGUGUGAGCCCUAUCAUACCAUCAACGCCAAGAUCAUCUUACUGGCUUGUAUCGUCUACUUCCCUACCACCAUGGUUACUAUGUACUGCUACGGUACUGUCUUCCACAUGGCUCGGGCAACUUCCCUUCAAAGGCUUGUGUGCGCAACCGUCACCUCCCCAGAGAUCCUCGGUGGAGCCCUGGUAGAGAAGGCCAUGCUGGAGGAGCGACAGGAGCGACUGAGAAAUUGUCGUGUGAUGGCUGUCGUUUCUCUGUCCUUCAUCAUCACCAUCACACCCUGGACCUUACGACAGAUCAUAGCCGCCUGCACCAACUCCUGGAUUCCUGGUGGGCUGGACUACGGUGUGUGGGUGGUGAGUGUGGGCGGUGGUGUGGUGGUGAUCUUUAUAUUCUGGUUGCUGUCUGCGUCCUUCCGUCGAGCCACAGAGGAGACACUACACAACCGAGUGUGUUGUGGCAAUGUGUACUACGAGGAGAGUGAGGAGGUGAGUCUGGCUCAGGUGUCGCAGUAUGGAGGAGCACCUCACCUGGGCAUCACCCACGCUGGCUCCUGCCCUGCUGCUACCCCUAGGUUGGCGCCCCUCAGUUGCAACGCCACCCCGCGACACCUGCCCAACGGGAGGCUACCUGUGGCAGCCAUAAAUAGUGCUGCUGCCUGUGACCUGGAAGCCGUCGGGGAGAAGUACUGGGGAGAGAUUUUGGAGCGCACUGUGUCCUCUACAUCGCUGCAGAACCUGCAGAGAAUCUACGGCAACGGGUCGAGUGUGUGUCCUAACCUGCGUCUGAUCAGUACCAGCUCAACUCUACAUGACACUCGAGGAGGGUCGAGUGUGUGCCCUGACCUGCACCUGGUCAGUACCAGCUCAACUCUACAUGACACUCGAGGAGGGUCGAGUAUGUGCCCUGACCUGCACCUGGUCAGAAGCAGUGCUACGCUACCUAACACACGAGGCUCACACAACGCCGUCUGGGCUCCCUGAAUCUCGCUCACAAAAUUAUACGAAUUUAAAAAACAUAUAUAUACAUUCCUGUCAUUUUCCUUCUGGAAAAACGAAUACAAAGAAGGAAAAUGACGAUUGAGCGGGACGCUUAAGGGUCACGUCAGUUCCCCUGUUUACUAAUAAUACGUUAUUUUUCCCCUAUAACCUAAGAUUUGUUAAGUUAUACCAAGAAUUAAGGAAAGAUCCUGGACUUCACCUUACGAAACAGACAAAGUAAAUACGAUAUUAAUUAUGGGCAAGGUAGAUAGUAGUGGAAAAAUGAACAUGAUGGCAGGAGACAGGGAAACUCAGGCGCCUCUUAACAAUUACCGAAAUCAGUAAAGGUUAUGGAAGGUUAUAUAACGUAUUGGAAUGAGACAAAGUGUCAUUAAUGGAAUCAAAUAUUUUUAUAUUAAUGAAUAUUUACACUAGCAUUUUUUUCUUCUAGUUUGAAAAUGUUCAUUGAAGGUUUUCCCAAUAUGUUGACAAUAUAUUUUUUUUAUUUGAUAAAAUUUUGAGGAUAUUAUUUUUUUUUUGUUCGGGUAAUUGAUGUAGCCACCGAGUUAUGUCUUGAUAUCUGUCGUUUAUCAGGUAAAGUAUAGCAGUUAGUUCUUGUAUCCAUCUUUUACUACACAGCUACAGUCUUAUCCAUACUUUACAACACAGCUACAGUCUUAUCCAUACUUUACAACACAGCUACAGUCUUAUCCAUACUUUACAACAGAGCUACAGUCUUAUCCAGCCCUUGCAACAGAACUAAUAAUCCUUAGUGCAUCUAAACAUUCCUACAGUGCUUGUAAUUAGUUGUGUAUCUCUCCUUCACCACAUAGCUAACCGCUCAUUUUUAUAUCUAUUUGUUAACCAUUUAGGUUCACAUAAUGAGGCCCAAGAUAGUUAUUACAUCUUAUUAACGGCAAAAUACAUAUUGAAGUCUAAAAAAUUUUUGUCUUGAAGCCUCUUGGGUGACUUCAAGAUGUGGUACUCGCAGAUCUUCCAGAGUUCAUCAGCAGUGACGGCUGAGACUCCAACCAGGCGAGUCCUGGAAACUCAAAGGUCGCUGUGUUAACC